UGUGCCUCCAAAGAGCAAAGAGAGAGAUAGAGAUGCCUCCCUUUGAAAGCUCUCUCACCAAAUCCGGAGAUUCUUCCUCUCUUCCUCUGCUUUUUUUAGCGAAAGCUUUCCGUCUCUAAACGCUUCAAAAACCCUAAUCUCCUUUCCCCAAACCCUCCGUCUCUCUCUCUCUCUCUAUCUAUCUCCAUUUGUAAUCUUUUUCUGGAAAAGAAGCGAUGGCAGCCAUGGCGUUCUCGGCAUCGGUGUCCGAGAUUCGGACGCCGUUUCUCGGCAGGAGCUUGGAGAUGGCGAGCUUCCAAACCCUAGGCUGCAGAAAUGCUCGCUUCGUGGAAACGAAGUGCAGUUUGGUUAGGCCAUUACAAUUCUCUAAUGGAAGAUUGACCCCACCGAUGUUUAAAGAACACAGUAUACCUGACUCCUCAGUUCAACGACAUCAUCAAGAAAUGGUUUCAAAACCUGAUACAAGACUGCGUAUAUUCUCUGGCACAGCAAAUUCUUUACUUUCACAGGAAGUUGCUUCUUACAUGGGUCUAAACCUGGGGAAAAUCAAGAUAAAACGGUUUGCUGAUGGUGAAAUUUACAUUCAGUUGCAAGAGAGUGUAAGGGGAUGUGAUGUUUUCCUGGUGCAACCAACAUGUCCACCGGCAAAUGAGAAUCUUAUGGAGCUUUUAAUAAUGAUAGAUGCAUGCAGAAGGGCAUCCGCCCGAACUAUUACAGCUGUCAUUCCAUAUUUUGGAUAUGCUAGAGCAGAUCGAAAGACUCAAGGGCGCGAGUCCAUUGCAGCCAAACUUGUUGCAAACUUGAUCACAGAAGCAGGUGCUAACCGCGUCCUCGCUUGUGAUCUUCAUUCUGGGCAAUCGAUGGGAUACUUUGAUAUUCCUGUAGACCAUGUCUAUGGAGAGCCUGUAAUUCUGGAUUACUUGGCCAGUAAGAUGAUCUCUUCAAAUGAUUUAGUAGUUGUCUCUCCUGAUGUGGGCGGUGUUGCUCGAGCACGUGCUUUUGCCAAAAAGCUCUCUGAUGCACCUUUAGCAAUAGUGGAUAAAAGGCGUCCAGGACAUAAUGUUUCUGAGGUGAUGAAUUUGAUUGGUGAUGUCAAAGGAAAGGUUGCUGUCAUGGUGGAUGACAUGAUUGACACUGCUGGGACCAUUGCUAGUGCUGCAUCUUUGUUACACCAAGAGGGGGCAAGGGCAGUUUAUGCAUGCUGCACACAUGCUGUUUUCAGUCCUCCUGCGAUUGAGAGGCUUUCUGGAGGUCUGUUUCAGGAAGUUAUCAUCACAAACACAAUCCCCGUAGCAGAGAAAAAUUAUUUUCCUCAACUGACUGUACUAUCAGUCGCCAACCUCCUUGGCGAAACGAUUUGGCGGGUUCAUGAUGAUGGCUCUGUGAGUAGCAUUUUUCAGUGAUGUGUCACUUUCUCAUAUUUUAUUUUUUGAGGUUUGGUUCUGGUUCCCCAUUGGUUUUGGCUAUAGCAUAGGGUAGUAUUGGCAUGACAACCAUUUCAAUUUUCCAUUACCCUUUUGGGGUGCUGUCACCAAUGUUUUUUCAUAUUAACCAUAAAACAGCAUGUGAAAGUCAGGAAAAUGUAUGACAGAACUCAUAUACAGUAAGAGUUCAGGCUAGGCAGGCUGAUGUUUUGUGGGUCCCAACCAAUUGAGAAAUUUCAGUUGCUUCCUCUGAGAGUUCCAGUUCUGCAUCAGACUUCAUAGUGCACCUGAAUUAAAUUGGUAAUACAGUCUUCUGUUUGGGAGAUGCUGAUACCACAGUAAAGAUUGGAUGUGUCUUCGUUUGUUUUUUCUUCUUCUCUCGUCUUCUUGUUGUGAUCUUCUUAUGUGGGCAAACAAAGGAAUUGCUGAAAUGCGGGGACUUGAUGGCAAGUUAGAACCUUGUUUUUCAUUUUAAAUUUAUGCAGUUGAAGCAAUUUGGACUUGAGUCUUGUAAAACCAUGGUAGUGGGAAUGUAGGCGCUGAAUGUGCUUCCCCAACAUGCUUUUGUUAUUUCUGUAAAAUACUUGUUGACAGUAGUCCUAAUGGUUCAUCUAUGUAUAGUUCAUUUGGAUGAUGAUCCAUUCCAAGCUAUGUCAUAAUGCUGUUGGAACAUUUCCAUGCUGAAUAAAGUGCCAAGUGGCUGUUUGGA